AUGACCACGUCGCUGCAGGGUGGGCAGAGCGCCGGGGGCAGGGCGGCCGCCCGGGUGUGCGGCGGCGCUGCCCGGGGGAGGGGCGACGCCCACGACCUGGCCCGGACCCCCGGGCUGCACGCGCGUCCGCGGAUGCCCGCUCUGGACGCGACCCGCCGUGGGGCCGGGGCGGCCGACAGGAGAAAAAAGAAAGAUCUUGAUGUUCUGGAAAUGCCUUCUAUUCCAAACCCCUUUCCUGAGCUCCUCUGCUCUCCAUUCACAUCUGGGCUGUCAGCAGGCCUGUUUCCCAAGGCAAACUCAAGGAAGAAACAGGUGAUCAAAGUCUACAGUGAAGAUGAAACCAGCAGGGCUUUAGAAGUCCCCAGUGACAUCACAGCCCGAGAUGUCUGUCAGCUGCUGAUUCUGAGGAGUCACUACGUGGAUGACCACAGCUGGACCCUCUUUGAGCACCUGCCUCAGCUUGGUGUAGAAAGAAUAAUAGAAGACCACGAGUUGGUGAUUGAAGUGCUAUCUAACUGGGGGAUGGAAGAAGAAAAUAAGCUGUACUUUAGAAAAAAUUAUGCCAAAUAUGAAUUCUUUAAGAAUCCAAUGUAUUUUUUUCCAGAACAUAUGGUGUCUUUUGCAACAGAAAGCAAUGGUGAAAUAUCCCCCACACAGAUUUUGCAGAUGUUUCUAAGUUCAACAACAUACCCUGAAAUUCAUGGCUUCUUACACGCAAAAGAGCAGGGAAAGAAGGCUUGGAAAAAAGUUUACUUCCUUCUAAGAAGAUCUGGUUUAUAUUUUUCUACUAAAGGGACAUCAAAGGAGCCACGGCAUUUACAGUUUUUUAGUGAAUUUGGCACCAGCGAUGUUUAUGUGUCACUGGCAGGCAAAAAGAAGCACGGAGCACCCACAAUCUAUGGAUUCUGCUUUAAGCCUAACAAAGCGGGAGGGCCCCGAGACCCGAAAAUGCUCUGUGCAGAAGAAGAGCAGAGCAGGACGUGCUGGGUGACCGCCAUUAGAUUGCUUAAGUAUGGCAUGCAGCUAUACCAGAAUUAUAUGCAUCCAUAUCAAGGAAGAAGUGGCCGCAGUUCCCAGAAUAUGUCACCCAUGAGAAGUAUAUCAGAGAACUCCCUGGUAGCGAUGGACUUCUCUGGUCAGAAGAGCAGAGUCAUAGACAAUCCUACGGAAGCCCUUUCGGUUGCAGUUGAGGAAGGGCUCGCUUGGAGGAAAAAAGGUUGUUUACGCCUGGGCACUCAUGGGAGCCCUACCACAUCCUCACAGAGCUCUGCCUCAAACAUGGCUAUCCAUCGAUCCCAGCCAUGGUUUCACCACAGAAUUUCCAGAGAUGAAGCUCAGAGACUGAUUACUCAGCAAGGACCUGUGGAUGGAGUUUUCUUGGUACGGGAUAGUCAGAGUAACCCCAAAACUUUUGUACUUUCAAUGAGUCAUGGACAAAAAAUAAAGCACUUUCAAAUUAUACUGGUGGAAGAUGAUGGAGAAAUGUUCCACACUCUGGACGAUGGCCACACAAGGUUCACAGAUCUCAUUCAGUUGGUGGAGUUCUACCAGCUUAAUAAGGGUGUUCUUCCUUGCAAGUUGAAACAUUACUGUGCUAGGAUGGUUCUUUAGCCAAACCAGAUUUAGCCAAAACUAUUCAGAAUGGACUGGAAGAAAAACAUUUAAAAAUUAAGAGUCCCCAGAAAGGAGUGAAGACAACAACAUGGUCAAAAGAAUGUCACUUGCAAGUUACAAAAUAUAGUUUAUGUGUUGAAAAUAAGCAAAGACAGAUAGGCAUUGCAUUCAUUACUUACAAUUUAUUAGUUAAAAUUAAACUUUAGGAAAAAAUGA